AUGUAUUCUUCAAUAUAUUUUGCUUGUCCAUUAUCUGAUUUAGUACUUGAUCGUUUUUGUUCACAUAUCUUAUCUAAAAUUCAUCAAAAAGUCAAAUGGCUUGAUAUUGAAUCGUCAUCGAUGGAACGUAUUCUUCUUUCUACAAACUAUCCUAAUUUAGUUGGAAUUGGUUUGUAUAAUAUUUACUUAGAAAAUGCUGUACAUCUAUUUUCUGAUGAUCGUCUUUUCACUUCUACCUACAAAGAACAAAUUUCAUCACUUGUUAUUGAUAUUAAAGCAAGUGGAGAAGAAAACCCAACACGAAAUGAAAAUAUAGUUUUAUUUACUCAUAUAUUUAAUACAUUUACAAAUAUUAAAUAUUGGUCCAUCUUCAAUUUGAAAAAAGAAUAUAGUCGAUGUCGUAUUCAUUCAUAUCCAUAUCAAUCGAUAUAUUACAAUAAUAUAACAAAUAAUGUUCCAGGUGGAAUAUUUGAAUACGUUCGUGAAAUAUCAUUAUUUGAUGCACGUUCAUUUGAACAUGAAUUUUUUUUUCAAAUUUCUCAAUCAUUUCCAUUCUUGGAAAAACUAACUUUAAUUAAUCAAAAACCACAAUAUAAUAAACAACUAAGAAAAUCAAAAUCAAAAUUUAUCAAUCAUUCAAUAUCCUUAUCUUUUGAAACUUAA